AGAAGAAAACUAAAUCUAACAAGAAAAAGAGUAUUGCUAUUGAAGAGGUUCAUGAAGAUUCUCUUGAGCAUCAAGUUUCUGCAAUUAUAUCACCAUCAUCUCGUCGUAAGAGAACUCAUGAUGAAGCUGAAGUUGAACCUGCUGCUCUUGUUCGUCCUAAGAAGCCAAGGACUAGAACGAAGAAACCAAUAGUUGAAGCUACUGAAUCUGGUGGUGAUGUACCUACGUAAGUAACUUAGCUAUGAAAAAGAACAAGUCGACUUUUGGUGUUCAAGCAUGCAUGAUUUCCUAAUCUAAUGUGAAAGUUGGAAAGCCUACCAACAAUAGUGCUUUGUUAGAUUCUAUAAUUUGCCCUGUUACCAAUAAUAGUGCUUUGUUAAAUUCUAUUAUCUGCCCUUGAAUGCAUUGAGCUUACAGUAUUUGUGAACUUCUCUCUCUAAUACUUCAUUAUCAUCGUACAUAUUAUGUGAAAAAUUAGCUUCUCUUUUUUUUGGAAAAAUUUUUGUCAGACUGCAUUGAUUUUUUAAUUUGUUAACUUGAUGUUGAUUUAAUGUUGAUAGCAUUAUUAUUUGUAUUUUGCAGAAUAAGGACAUUUAAAACUAAAUGUAGGCCUUUGCAUUUGGUUGACAUGAUGUCUAACUUUAUUCUUGAUAAAAAAUAUUCUGUAAAUGAAAUUGGUUUUGGAGGGUUGUUAUCAUUGAAGUUGAAAAGGAAUCCUACUAGUAUGUAUAGGUGGCUAAUUGAUUCUUUUGACUGUGGUAGCUGCAUGUUUUCAAUUGGUAAUAAUAAGGAGUUUGUGGUGAAUGACUAUGAUGUGUAUGACGUGUUUUUCCUUCCUUUGAACCCCAAAAAUGUUGAGGAGAUACCUAGAUCUGCUAAUAAAAAUAAUCCAGACUUUGUUUUCAAACAUAAUUGGAGAUUGCAUUUUGGGUUGACAGAUGAAAAUGAUCAAAUUCCACUUAAUUUGUUAGAAGCUAGGAUACCUACUUUAGGCCAAGGUAGAGAUAAGUUUAAGCAACUCUUUGUUAUGCAUGCUAUAUCCACGUUUUUAGCUCCUACUUCUAACAGAACUGCCAAUCUUAGGAUUGUCAAGGCACUUGAUGAUGUUGAACAAAUUAAGAAUUUGAAUUGGUGUAAAUAUGUUCUUGAAAAACUAUGUGAAGGUGUUAAAAGUUACAAAAAAGGAGAAAUUCAGAAUUGUUGUGGUUGUGUUUUGAUGUUGGAGAUUAUUUACUUUCAUAGGUUGAAAUUUAGGAAUGUUGAAUUAAGUACUUCUUUACCCUUAAUUCAACAUUGGAAUGAUGAGUUGAUUAAGGAUAGAAUUAAGAAGGAAAAAUUGUCCAAAAGUUUUGGGUGUGGGAUUUUACAGUCUGAUGUGUAUCCUGUUAGUGGUAAAAUGAAGUUUCCGGAUGGACAUGUUGUGGGUAUUGCAGGGGGAAGUAUGGGGAAUGCUGGGGGGGAGUGAUAAUGUUGUGAGGAAUGUCGGGAGGAGUGUUGAUGUGCCUGAUUCCCAGGGUACAAUACAGUUCAUUCUCCCAGCAGGUUCGAUGUCAGAUCAAGAGAUCCAUUCGGCUGCUAUUGAUGUAAGGAGUAGCUGACUUUUAUUCUAUAUUAUUAUUUUUAUUAUUUGAUAUGAUUUAAAUGUUUAUACAUGUUUCUUUUAAUGUUUUUGCAGCCUGUUCAUGAGCAAUUUUUGUUCAUGAAAAGAGAUGCAUGUGAUCUCUUCUUUUUACAAUGAUAAGAUAAAAGAGAUUCUUCUUUUACGUGGUGAGGCCAACAACUCUUCUGGCUCUUCUGGUAUUAAUUUGUCCCAGGAUGAUUCGUUUUUUAUGGAUCCUCGAGUUCAAUCUGUGAUUGACGAGAUCUCUGAACUUGCUAUUUGGGUGACAAAAUUACCUGAGGUGUUGGGUCAAAUUUCUACAUUUGACCACAACAAAACAAAUGGAGGGAGGGAGGCAAUUAGAGGCACUAUCCCUGUGAUUGGCUUUGAAAAUAUUCUUGCAAAUGGAGGGUCCAGGUCUUUGUUUUCUUUGGAUUGGAAAUCUAAUGAAAAGCUUAUAUUCAUUUCACACUUUUUGAAGUCAAAUAACAAGGAAAUGAAACUAUUGGAUUCAUUAGUCCUAGAGAUUGUUGACUAUUGCAUUAUCAAUGAUUCUUAUUUGGCUCCUAAUGAACUGUUGGUAUUUUUUCACCAAAAGCAUUUGAUUCAAAGGCAAGAAUUCUACACAUUAGGAGAGCCUUCUGAAAUCAUGAGCAGUAGUAUUUUUGAUUGCUGGGCAUUGCUUCUCAAUGAAAAUCAGAAAUAUUUGAAGGAUGGACCUCGGAAAUUGUACUUUGGUUCUUCAAUUAGUGUUACAAUAGUAGAAGCUGCCGGCAGUGAUGGCAAUUCACAAAUAAUGGACAAUGUUUAUCAAGAUAUUUUUACCUUGUCUUUGGGGCAAUCACUAUUGCUUAUUUGUGGUGAAUUUGACUAAAGGAAAAAUUCAGUUUAUUGAUAAUCUGAAUUAUGAUAAGGAUAAUUUUAUCUUUUUGAAAAAGUUGUCUAGUCUCCUGGUAUUACUUUCUCACUCAAUAUUGUGCAUUUUUUAGAUAUUGUUCUCUGUAAUGCACUGUUGCUUUGAGUGUGUUGCUGAUGCAUAUGUUUAUGUGAUGAAUUUGUGGCAUAACGCAUGUGGUUGUUGAGCAUAAUAAGGAUUAAAAAUAUCAUGCAAUCCUUUGUGACUAGUAUACUGUGAUGUCCUAUGCCUCUGCGCCUUUUAAUUACUAGCAAUUGUUUGCCAUUAAGGUGAGGGGUUGUUAAGUUUAUGUACUAUGUACCCCUUAUAUUGGACAAUAUCGUGAUAGUUUGUGAGUACGUUUGAUAUGUUAAUUAUAAUUGGUUUGACAAUGGUGUUUCAGUUAUCAUUUGAGAGCUAUGCCUCUGCUUGACUUUUUUAGAACUGUGUUGCAUAAAUAUAAUAUGUUGUUUUGUUCUGUGAUCUGAUUAUAUGCUUUUUUGCUAGUGUGAUAUGAUCAGUACCUACUUUGAUCAAAGGCUUACACAAUCUGGAGAUAUGGUUGACUACGCUUUGGAGUUUCCCUCUUUGAAUUGGAGAUCUAGCAAAGAUAAUUCAAAUUCCGGUGUUUAUAUUAUGAUGAGCAUGCUUUUAUUCAAUGGAGUUGAUGAGUUUAAAUGUGAAGUUGUAAAAAUAGUUAUGUUUUUCUUUCCCUUUAAAUUAUUUGUUUAAUUUCUUUUUAUUAAUAUCACAAUAUCUUAUAUUGAUUACUUACUUUUUUAGGCUUCAAGUAGGAAGAUUCUCCGGAUUCAAAUUGCUGCAUCUUUGGUGUUAUCUGAUAUGAAUGAAGCUAGAUCAAUUAUAAUUGAUAAGGUGGCUGAAUUCAAACCUGAUAGGCAGCGUCUUUCAAAAGAGGUUGAAGAAAGAAGAAGGAAAGAGAUUGAAGAGAGGAAGAAUAAGAAGAAGAAGAAAGGAAAGGGGAAGGCUUAAGAUGUCAGAACAUGAUUUUUUGACUUAGUUAUUUUUCUGAUGCUAAGCAAAGUACUGUGAACAUUGAAGAUUGGUAUUAGUAUUAAUUCAACUUUUGUGUAUGAUAUUGAAGAAGAUUGGAAAAAUAUUCAUUUUGUGUAAACAAGCAUUUGCCAACAUUUUAUGAAAAUGGUAUAUUGUUUGUUUAAAAAAAA